UGACCGCAUACAUGUGCUCUGUGUGUAGGUAUGCGUUCACACCGCUUAUUGAUGACUCCGACGAUGAGAAGAUUGAAGAGUUCCUGGUGUCUGCAAACAUCGCUGAUGGGAUAAAGUUGAGGGCAGCUAAGACAGAAACCAAUGGAACAGUGAAGCCUGCAGCAGCCAAUCCGGAUGAAGAUUUGAAGUGGGUGGAGGAGAAUAUUCCGACCUCUCUGUCUGAUGUAGCUCUUCCUGUUCUUCUUGACUCAGAUGAGGAGAUCAUGACUACCAAGUAUGAGAUGUCUAAAAUGGAGUGAGGUUGAAAAGCGCUGCAGCUGAAGCAAACCUCCAGAGAUCAACCAAACCAAAAGGAAUCGUGCUGAAGAGGUAGACGCAUCCUAGCUGAUCUAGACGCAGUACUACCUGAACUUUGUUGAGGUGUUACCUCUCUUUUUUUUCCUGAACUGUUCAAACGUCCAGAAGACUUUAACGUCAUCAUCAAUCUGUAUAAAGAGAUGACGGUCUGUUUAUAAACUUUUGUGAGGACUAAAACCGCUGGUUUUAGUUUUUUGUGUGUGUGUCACUCCAUCCUGGAAAACAUUGAUAAGGAGCUUCAAGUUGACCAAAGCGUCUUCUCCGUUUUGAUAAGUUAGUCUUUGGCUGUGUAUAAAGUGUUAUUUCAGACAUUUUGCCUAUGUUUUUAGCACAUGAUGUGAAUAGUAGAAUGUCUGUUGGUGUGUCUGAUUUGUUUGUGAGUUUGUGCAGGGAGUAAUUUAAAUGGGCAGAAUGAUUCAUUAUAUAUUCUGAAUAAUUUUAUGAAGUUGUUUUGUUUUGUAGAGAGCCCAGCUUAACUUUUCUCACUUAAAAGGAGAAUUCACCCCAAAAUUAAAAUUGUUGUUAUUUAGUCACCCUCGCGUCGACUCAAAUCUGCAUGCUGUUAUUUAUGGAAGAAGAAAAAAAAAGGUAAUUGCCUCUUUUUAUUUUAGAAUUCAGCAUUUUUUUCUCGCACUUCUGAGAUAUAAACAAGAUAUAAAC